GCAGCAGAGAGCGGACUCGGAGCUCCGCGCCACUUUCCUCCUCUUUCCCUCCGCACUGCGAUUCUCUCCUGGCGGACAGUAAGCAGCCCCUCACACCUGGACACAGCGACCCCCCCGGGGCCACGGUACCGCGUUCGGGGGUGCCUCGCGCAGACGACAGAAGAUGGACACCCGAGCCCAGUGGCCCCCGACCCGGCGGGGAGGGAGACGCGGGCAGUGAUGGGACAGUUUUCGGGAGGAUGCUACCUGAGUUUUGGCAUCCUCGUGCUUCUCGGUUCGCGAGUCCCGGCCACGUUAGCCAGAGGCCCCCGAGGGGAAGCCCUGCAGCAUGGCCAGUCCGGGACCCUGCCUCACUUCCUGGAGGAGCCGGUUGAUGCUUACAUCAUCAAGAGCAACCCCAUCAAGCUCCGGUGCCAAGCCCGGCCCGCUCUCCAGAUCUUCUUCAAGUGCAACGGAGAAUGGGUCCACCAGAGCCAGCACCUGUCUCAGGAGCACACUGACAUGGGGACAGGGCUGAAGAUCCGCGAGGUGAUGAUCAACGUGUCCCGGCAGCAGGUGGAGGACUUCCAUGGCCCGGAGGACUACUGGUGUCUGUGUGUCGCCUGGAGCCACCUGGGGACCUCCAAGAGCCGCAAGGCCACCGUGCGCAUUGCCUACCUGAGGAAGAACUUUGAGCAGGACCCCCAAGGCACAGAGGUGCCUCUGAAUGGCAUGAUUGUGUUGCACUGUCGUCCCCCAGAGGGAGUGCCUGUGGCUGAGGUUGAAUGGCUAAAAAACGAAGAAACUCUCAACUCGGCUGGUGCCAUCGAUACAAGAGGCGACCAUAAUCUCAUCAUAUCUGAAGCCCGUCUCUCUGAUUCUGGAAACUACACCUGUGUAGCCAGCAACAUCGUGGCCAAGAGACGCAGUGCAACAGCCACUGUUGUAGUCUAUGUGAAUGGAGGCUGGUCGUCGUGGACAGACUGGUCUCCCUGUAACGUGCGAUGUGGACGCGGUGUGCAGAAACGUUCUCGCACGUGCACAAAUCCAGCUCCUCUGAAUGGGGGGGCCUUCUGUGAGGGCAUGUCGGUACAGAAGAGCAGCUGCAACACCCUGUGUCCAGUGGACGGCAGCUGGGCUGAGUGGAGUGACUGGUCGGUGUGCAGCUCGGAGUGUGAGAGGCAGCGCAGCCGAGAGUGCACGGCCCCGGAGCCCAAACAUGGAGGCCGGCUGUGUGGCGGGGGGGCGCUCGCGACAGACAACUGCACCGGGGGCCUGUGCACACAGAAUCGAAAGUUGCUACACGAUGCUAAGCCACAGGAUGUGGAGAGCAGCAGCGACGUGGCCCUGUACUCCGGCCUGGCUGCGGGGGUGGUGACGGUGGUGCUGCUGAUCAUCGCUGUCACUCUGUACCGGAGGAGCCAGAGUGAGUACGGGGUGGAUGUCAUCGACUCCUCCGCCCUCACCGGGGGCUUCCAGUCCUUCAGCUUCAAGACCUCUCGUCAAGCAAACCCUCUGCUAAUGAAUUCAUCCAUGCAACCAGAUCUGACAGUGUCGCGCACCUACACCAGCCCUAUGUGUUUCCAGGACUCCAUCGACAAGGAUCUGAUGGCUGAGCGCUCACUGCUUGACCCAUUGCCUGAUCUCAAGGUCAAAGGGGUGGCAGAAAGGGCAGAGUACCAUGUCAUGUCCCACCCUCAGACAUUUCCACGGGGCCUGGCUCCAGACUACAGAGGGGUUCCAGUUGGGACCACGCUGGGCAGAAGAGGCAAAAAUCUGUUCACUCCACAAGUCUCUCUGACUCCCAGCAGGCCUCUUCACAAAGCAACCGCAGUGUUUGGUUAUGCUGGAGGCAGGCUGGUGGUGCCCAACACAGGGAUAAGUCUGCUGGUGCCUCAUGGGGGGAUCUCAGAAGACACUACCUGGGAGAUGUACAUGAUCAUCAACCAGGAGGACAGCAGCUCUGUGUCCGAGGAGGGGUCAGAGGUUUUCCUGAGCCCCGCAGUCACGUACGGCCCCCCCGGCCUGGACCUGUCCUGUCCCAUAGCCAUGACCAUUGCCCAUUGUGCGGAGGUUGCAGCCAAUAAUUGGACCAUCCGGCUAAAGAGGCAGACGCAGGAAAACAAGUGGGAGGAAGUGAUGUCGGUGGAUGAGGAGAGCACGUCCUGCUACUGUCUGCUGGAGACUCAGAGGUGUCACGUGCUACUGGAGCACCCGGGGCGCUACGCCCUGGUGGGGGAGCCGCUGAACCAGGAGGCGGCCAAGAGGCUGAGGCUGGCUGUGUUUGGAAGUCCGGACAGCAACAACUCUCUGGGCUUCACCCUCAGGGUCUACUGUGUGGACGACACCCCCCACGCAUUUCAGGAGGUGGCGGUGGGCGAGCGCAGCAGGGGGGGGCGGCUGCUGGAAGAGCCUAAAAUGAUGCUGUUCAGGGGGAACACGUUCAGCCUGCAGGUGUCCAUCCAGGACGUCCCACAGCUACUCUGGAGCAUCAAGCCUUUCACCACCUGCCAGGAGUUCUCCUUUUCUCAGGUGUGGGCCAGUAGCCAGCGUCCCCUGCAGUGUGCCUUCUCUCUGGAGCGAUACAGCCACUCGUCGUCCCAGCUCUCCUGCAAGAUCAGCGUCCGCCAGGUGAAAGGCGAAGAGCAGAUCCUGCAGGUGUACACGUCUGUGGUGGAGAAUGAAAAGGGAGUGGUUCCCUUUUUCACUCAGUCAGACUGUACCAUCACCUCUCAGACAGGGUCAAGGGCUUUUAAAAUCCCUCUGUCCAUCCGUCAGCGGAUCAGCGCUACCUUUGACACUGCUAAUGCCAAGGGGAAGGACUGGCAGCUCCUGGCUCAAAAGCUCCACAUAGACAGGAACCUGUGCUACUUUGCAUGUCAGGAGAGCCCCUCCUCAGUGAUUCUGAGUCUGUGGGAAGCCCAGCACCAGGACUCGGGGGACCUGGACUCUCUGGCCAGCGCCCUUGAAGAAAUCGGCAAGGUCCAGUCCCCCAGGACCACCACUCAUGGCUGCAGCAGAGAAGAACGGGACUCUGAAUUCACUCCACUUGGGUAG